AUCGGAUUGCUGAGAGCUUGAGCGCAGUAUAGGAUUAAUCCCUGUUUGAGAUGCAUUACAUAGCUUACCUGCUGGUCAGCUUGCAGCUGUAUGCCGGAGUUUAUUGUCAGAGCUUCCCGGCCGACCUAAAGAAGUGCAAGUACGGCGAUGGCCCGUGCCUGACGGCGACGGCCAAUGACCUACUGAAAAAGUAUCCGAAGGGGAUUCCUGAGCUCAAUAUCAAACCCUUCGACGUGUUGCCCGUGCGGGACUGGCUGCUCGUCAACGAUUCCCAGGUGGGCGGGGCCUGGUACUUCUUCGAGCUGCUGAAUCAGAUCAACUAUGGCUUCGAGAACACCACGAUCACUGAGAUCCGCGGCUUCGACAGGGAUCCCACCGCCACCAAGAUCGAGAUUCAUGGCAAAAUCCCGCGUCUGAUCUACAAGGGCGAUUAUUUGGCCAAGGGCCGGAUGCUCUGGUUCGUGGACAUCAAUUCGCACGGUACAUCCGAGUCGGAUUUCUUGAACUUCCAGUUCGACAUUACGCUGAAAGUGCGCCUUGAGUACAGGAACAACAAGCGUUAUUUGAAAAUCUACGAGUUAGUUCCAAACAUCAGGCUGGACCGCUGGAUUAUGUGGCUAGACAACUUUUUUCCGGAUAACUUUGAUCUGACCAUAGCGAUCAACAAUCUGUUUAACCGAAACUGGGUAGAGUUCUGGAACGAACUGGAGCCGGGCAUCCUGCGUCUAUUCGAAACGGUCUUCCGCAGUAUGAUCGAUGAUCUCUUUGACAACGUGGCCUACGAUGAUUUGUUCCUAGCAGAAUCGCAGAUUGAGUCAGCCUAGAAUUAAGCAAAGAAUUAUAGUCGCUAGUUGUAGUUAGAAAUAAAAUAAUGUAAAUAAAAUUACUAAAGUA